AUGGAUUCAGACUACCCGAUUCCGCCAGGCUUACACGCCAUCCCGGCAGAGCUCCUCGACCUCCGGCCCGACGCCGAGGUGGACCACGACCUGCUGCACCCCAAGCCGGUGUCCGACUCGGAGAAGAACAUCUGGUUCUUCUGGCACAGCGGCUACGCCAACAUGCACCCGUACACCCAGCGCAAUAUCCGCGCCUGGCACCGCCGCUUCUUCAGGCACGGCUGGACGAUCCGCGUGAUGGACCGGCAGCCGGGGUCGCCGCUGAACGUGGCCAACUACCUCGACAUUGCCGACACGGCGACGUUCCCGCGCGCCUUUGUCGCCGGCACCAUCGGCGGCGACCACGCGCCCCAGCACACGUCGGACAUGGUACGGUUCCCGCUGCUGCUCCGGUACGGCGGCGUCUAUGUUGACGUCGGCCUCAUGCAGAUCGGCGACCUGGACCGCUUAUGGAGCACCACCGUCGGCGAUCCGACGUCCCGCUACGAGCUGCUCUCUUACGGGGCCGAGGACCGCCAGUUGACGAACUACUUCCUGGCGGCGCGCCGCGACAACCCGCUCUUCGCACGCGCGCACAGGCUGCUGCUGGCGCUCUGGGCCGCGGACGGCGGCAAGACGAGCACGGACGGCUUGCACCGCAGCGCGAUGCUGGCGGGCGUGCCGCUACAGGGCCAGAGCUUCGGCGACGCGACGAGCAGGGAGCUGACGGACUACAUCAUCCAGGGCCAGGUGCUGACGCUGGUGAUGGGGCUAGUCGACGAGCAGGGCGGCUGGAACGGGCCGGAGUACUGUGCGCGCCAUAUCUAUGCUAUCGAGUACAUGGUCGGGUCGCAGCUCAUCAACGAAUACACGGACUGGGAUGGCCCGGAGGCGUUCCGGCUCAUGUCGCUGCGUCUGCCGGCGCGCGGCGAGGCUGAGAGCGCGGAACAGAAGAGGGCGAGGGAGGUUGUGGAGGGGUGCUUGGGGCGGAGCUUUGGGUUCAAGCUGGCGCAUGGGCUGAUAUUGAAGGUGAUGGGGGAGACGCUGGGGUCGCUGUGGAGGAGCCAUGAGGGCGCGGAUGAUGUGCCCGGCACUUAUGCGCAUUGGUUGCGGCAUGGGACGAUUUACUGGAAUCAGGACGAUGUGCCGCCGGGGCUGGAGUUUGAGGUUAUUGAGCCGUAUAGAACGGGGCCGUUGCUGGGUGAGUCUUAG